AUGGUUAAGAAAUUCAAGAACAAGAGCAAAUCUAAACAACAGAAAGCUCAUCUCCGUAGAAAAGAGGAACAGGAGUUACAAGAAUUAGAAAAGAGAAUAGAAGAAUAUGAUACCACUGACGAAGCUACCAUUACCAAGAUUUCACAAUUCAAAGAAUUACCAAUAUCAUCUGACACAUUGAAAGGUUUAACUGAGGCAAGUUUCGUAUCCUUAACUGAUAUUCAAAAAAGAUCAAUUCCGUUCUCUUUGAAAGGAGAAGACAUAUUAGCAACGGCAAAGACAGGAUCAGGAAAAACAUUAGCAUUUUUAAUACCAGUUGUCGAAUCGCUUUUACGUAAUAAAAUUACUGAAUUCGAUGGUUUAGCAGCUUUAAUCAUAUCACCAACUAGAGAAUUGGCAGUGCAAAUUUUCGAAGUGUUAACCAAGAUCGGUAAGUAUAACCAAUUUUCUGCCGGUUUGGUCACUGGUGGUAAAGAUGUUAAAUACGAGAAGGAAAGAGUUUCAAGAAUGAAUAUUCUCGUUGGUACACCUGGUAGAAUUUCACAACAUUUGAACGAAGCUGUCGGGAUGGAAACUUCUAAUUUACAAGUUCUAGUAUUGGAUGAAGCUGAUAGAUGUUUGGAUAUGGGUUUCAAAUCCCAAAUAGAUAAUAUUAUUGGCCAUUUACCACCAACGAGACAAACUUUAUUAUUUUCAGCUACACAAAAUGAAAAUGUAAAAGAUUUGGCAAGAUUAUCUUUAACAAACCCUAGAAAAAUUGGUGUCUCUUCUGAUACUGAUGUUUCAGCUACUCCCGAAUCUUUGGAUCAAUAUUAUAUAAAGGUACCUUUGAACGAUAAAUUGGAUGUAUUAUGGUCAUUUAUAAAGUCACAUUUAAAUUCCAAAAUAUUGGUAUUCUUCUCAUCAUCCAAACAAGUCCAAUACACCUACGAAACCUUCCGUAAAUUACAACCGGGUAUGUCGUUGCUUAAAUUGUAUGGUCGUCACAAACAGACCUCUCGUUUAGAGACAACUGUUAAAUUCUCUCAGGCUCAACAUGCAUGUCUUUUUGCAACUGACAUUGUUGCUAGAGGUCUUGAUUUCCCUGCUAUUGAUUGGGUUAUUCAAGUUGAUUGUCCUGAAGAUGCUGCAACUUACGUGCAUAGAGUCGGAAGAGCAGCAAGAUUUGGUCGUGAAGGUAAGUCAUUACUUAUGUUGUUACCAUCAGAAGAAGAGGGAUUUUUGAAGAGGUUGAAAACUAACAAGAUCGAACUCAAGUUCAUGAAUAUCAAACAAAAAUCAAAGAAGACCAUCAAACCUCAAUUACAAUCAUUAUGUUUCAAAGACCCAAUGUUGAAGAAUUUGGGACAAAGAGCAUUCAUAUCAUACUUCAGGUCAGUUUACAUCCAGAAAGACAAAGAUGUUUUCAAAGUAGAUGAACUUCCAACUGAAUCUUUUGCUUCUUCCUUGGGAUUACCAGGAGCUCCUAAGAUCAAAAUGAAAGGGGGCCAAAACAAUAAAGAGAAGAAAAAUCAAUCAAGAAAAUUGACCCAAUUGUCUAAGACCAACGAGGAUGGAGAAGCUAUUGAAGAAGAAGAUGACAAGAAAGUCAGAACCAAAUACGACAGAAUGUUUGAAAGAAAGAAUCAAACAGUUUUAUCUGACCAUUAUUUGAAUAUGACAGGGAAUAAAAAGAGCGCCAAAGAUGUAGAUGACGAAGAAGAGGAUGAUUUCAUGGUUAUUAAACGUAAAGAUCAUAACUUAGUCGAGGAAGAAUUACCAGAUUUGAGUAUACCUACUUCAAAAAGACAAGCAAAGAAAGCUCUUUCUAAGAAAGCUAGUCUCGCUGGCAAGGGUAAUCCUACAAAGUUGGUGUUCGAUGAUGAUGGAGAAGCUCAUCCUAUCUAUGAGUUAGAAGAUGAAGAAGACUUCAAAAAAGCAGGAGAUUCAAAGAAACAAAAAGAAGAUUUUGUCAACAAAGAAGCUGAGAUUAUGGAUGUUGCUGAUGUUAAAGAUAAAUUGACAGCCAAGGAGAAAAGAGACGAAAAGAAAAGAAGAAGGAAGGAAAUGGAAAGAUUAGCCAGAGAGGGAGAUGAAGAUGAUAGCGGUGAUGACGAAGAGGUAGUUUAUACUCUCGGUGAUGCAGACCUUGACCAAGACAUGCAAUAUUCCGAUGAUGACGAAGAACCAAAACAAAAGAAACCUAAAUGGUUCCAAACCAAUGACGAAAAAUCUGACACUAGGGCUCAAUCUGAAGAAUUCAUUGAAGUUAAUGAACCAGAAACUUUGGAAGACUUAGAAGCAUUGACCAGCAGAUUAAUUAAUAAUUAG